AUGGAGCUAAUCGGUUUGAUUGCCUUGUUGUCGGCGGUGACUACUGCCGUAGCAUUUUCAGUCGACAGACAACAAUAUAAUUAUGACUGUGAAACUAGAAGCGGUAACUUUGAGGGCGAUAUAAUGCUAACGGAGCGGCAACAGGAAACGGUCAUUUCUGGACGUGAUCCCGUGGUGACGGAAGUGGAUAAGUGGACCAACAAUCUAGUGCCGUUUGUGAUUGAAGCCGACAGUUUGACUCUUGAGUAUGCCAAACUAAUUCGAGAAGCCAUGGCUAAAAUCGAAGAUGUCAGCACGAUCAGAUUUGUCCCGAAGAAGCAAGAGCGCGACUAUCUUGUAAUUUCCGGCGAAUCAACCGGAUGUUGGUCAACGCUUGGGCGCAACAGGGGUCUGAAUCGCAUGAACAUUUCCCCAAGCGAGUGCAUGUUCGAGGGAGCCAUCGUUCACCAGUUGUUCCAUGUACUCGGUUUGGGACACGUGACUAAUCAACAGGACCGAGACCAUUAUCUGGACAUCAAUUGGGAUCACGUUCGACCGGAGCAUGCCCGGAGUUUGCAGAUUCACGGAGGGCGUGUUCUGCCGAACCAUGGCAUUCCGUUCGACGAGGAAAGCAUUAUGCACUUUGGAUCGAAGCACUUCAGCCGAGAUGGAUCGGACACGAUCGUUCUGAAGAAUAAGGAACACACUAUCGGACAGAGGGAAGCGAUGAGUCUGAAGGACAUCAGGAAGCUGAAUAUAAUGUACCCUUGUGGGUACUGCUAGGAUAGUUAAGCUGUAGUAUCGCUAUGAGCAAUAAUGACUUUUUAAAGUUGUAAGUAUAGACGUUGACAAUGUUAGUACAUAAUAUAAAUAAACAGGUUUAGAACAAAUAAAUUAAAA